AGAGGGAGAGGCUGGGGAAGCUUUUUGUGAGUUUCUUCAGGCUGCACGAGCGGAGGGAAAGUUGAUGAAGAGGAGAGAAGAUGUGGAUCAGCUGCUGCUAACAGAGACUUCUGCUCAGACUGGCUGCUGCUGAAGACCUUUGGAAGCAGCCGGGGGGGCUCCGGAGAUGCCGCCGCCCCGGGGCAUGCUGCUCUGCCUGGGCAUCGUGCUGAUGACAGCCGGGGGGGGCAUGGCCCUCGGCGUGGGCCUGGCCCAGCAGUCGGCCCCUCUGUUUGCUCUCGGGUUGUUCCUGGCCAUGGGGGGCGUGGCCCUGCUGGUCAGCGCCAUCUGCAUGGCGAUGAAGAACCUCCAGGUGGCGGUGCCCGGGCAUUCCUUGCUGCACCCCCGCACGGGAACCCCCUUCAGCCCCCAGCAGGCCCUAGCGAUACAAAGGAGGUUGGACCGAAUACGUCGAGAGAUGUCGGAGGACUCCGUCAGGUCGGUGGAGGCGGAGCCCCCCCUCCCCUCCACCCCCCCACCCUGGACCAUGGAGCCGCCCCCCUCCUACGACACGGUGAUGAAGAGCCAGGAGCACAGCGAGCGGCUCUGAGCUCCAUGAGCCUGUUGUCGUUGUUGUUGUUGUUGUUGUGUGUGUGAGC